GAAACAGUAGCUUACCAUAGCCGUAAUUCAUUCAGCGCUACAAAUAUUAAUCUUAAAACUUCGAUUGACUAAGAAGACUCAGAAUGACUCAGAAAAAAAAAUUUCAGUGGGGUCCAAUUAACGUCGUUAAUUGGUCAAUUCAAUAAAACAUUUUCUGAUUAAUUAGUCCAAUGGAAAAAAUUUCAAACAUCGCUCGCUAUGAAUGUAGUAUAGCGAAUGUAGUAUAAAUAAAUCGUAAGAAAUGUCCCGUUUGAUCAUAUUGCGCGUUGCGAUUCAAUCGUUCAUUUAUAUCGAUAAUAUUAGGAAUUUUUCAGUGAGUACGAUGGAUACAUCCAGAGACACUUAACAUCGCUCACUGAGCGCUUAAUUUUAGAUAUAAAAGAGUAUGUAUUAACUCGGAUACGAAAGUCCACUAAAUGUUCAGUGAACGAUUCUGGAACCACCUUAUAGGUUUUGGUCGCGAAAACAUACUGCACUUGCUGCAUCUAAAGUGAGAUAAGCAUAGAAUGCGGGCAUUGGAAAAACAAAAACGAAAGCAGUAGAGUGCAGAAAGUGCGAUUAAAACAUACAAUUGAAAACACUAUUGACACCGUUCUUAUCAAAUCUCAAACAAGGACAGAUAAUGAUGUAAUAAUGACGUAUGUUGAAUUAUUUUUUUUUGCAGAAAAGCAUCGGGUGCAUUUAAUAUUGUUUUCUCUCAAUAUGAAUCAUCGCACAUAAUCCUUACGAUAAGGGAUACACAAUCUAAUAAAAUAGAAAAGAAAAAACAAAGAGACAUUGAGGUAUUGUUAUGAAAUUCUGUAAUAGCUUUAAGAAAAGAUAAUGAUCCGAUUUUAUCAAGUAAUGCCUAAACACUAAUGAUUGUUAUAUCAAUCAGAUUGUUGAAGCACAAUAUGAGAUUAACGCGUGGAAUGCUGCAAAAAUUGAAUCAGCAAAACGCGGUGGACUCCCGAGAUUCUUCGUCACCAGAUAGUGUAAUUGUUAUCAAUGACAGUGACAGUGAAACAAAUGAUGGGAACAAAGGCGACGAUGAAACAAAUGUUAAUAAUAAAGAAGAUACCUCACUCAGCAUUAUUGAGUGCAACUCAACACCAUACACACCUGUAUCAAAAAAGCUUCGGAGUAAUGUAUCAAAGACUCCCAACCAUAACAACAAUAGACCAUCCAUAAUACCACUGGAUAAUGAUUUGUCCAUCAUCAAUUUGUCAGAUGUGCAAGAGUCUGAAUUGUGCAGGGAGAACAUAGCACCAUCACGAACAGAAGAUGAUGUAGUCGAACUAUGGUCAUGUGUACAAAAAUUACCAAGUAAAAGUAAGACAAGUGGAAAACGUAAGCGCAGUAAGACAAGUGUAUCAUAUGUGAUAGACAAAAGGCCAAAUCUGGAAUAUCUCGAGCUUCUGAAAAUAGAUAAAAGAGAAGUGAAAGAAAGAAAAAAAGAAAAAAAGAAGUUUUAUAAUAAAACUACACUUGAUGAAUCUAUACUGGAAUCUAAUCAAAGGAUAUCAAAACAUUUGACUAGCAGUUAUAAAAAAAAACAAUAUGACGAUGAGCUAAAUUCAACUCUAACAGAGUCAAAUGGACACUGUAGCAAAAAAAUCAAUUCUGGAGAGAAGAGUAGCACAAGAUCGAAACAUAGAUUAAGAGAAAUAGUUGUCGAUGGUUGCAAUGUGGCAAUGGGCCAUACAAACGGUAACUCAUUCUCAGAAAAAGGUAUUGAAAUAGUGGUAAAUUAUUUUAUGUCGAGAGGUCAUACUGUGAAAGUUUUCUUGCCACAGCACGUUCGAAAAAGGGAAUUUAAGUUUCUCGAACAGUUAUAUAGAGAAGGAAUUGUCGUUUUCACACCUAGUCGCUACAUCGCUGGUAGACAAAUUACACCUUAUGACGACCGAUAUAUCUUGGAAUAUGCGACGACGUGCGACGGAAUAGUGAUUUCCUCAGAUCAAUAUAGAGAUUUAUACAAAGAGAAACCGGAGUGGCGUAAUACAAUUUUAAACCGUUUAUUGACGCCUACGUUUGUCGGAGAUUACAUUAUGUUCCCAGAAGAUCCAUUAGGCAAAUCUGGACCUAAUCUCGACAGAUUUUUGCGACAUUGAUGUAUUUAUUUUUAUUGUAACAUCUAAUACACAUCUAAUAAGUUGAAUGUUACUUGAUAAUCUUAUUAUCAAGAAACAUAAGACUUUUGUACUAUAAUUUUUGUUUAAGAUAUUUGUUCUUGAUUCAUUUCUGUCCUUUAUAUGCAAUACGUGCUAUUUCACAUUCAACUCUAAAUAAAAAAUUAUAUAUAUAAU